ACGGGCCCCGACGGCGCCGGGGGGUGUUGGCACCUCCGCCGAGGAACCGGCGCGGCCGCGGGCUCCUCAGAGACGGGCCGAGGACCGGAGGGAGGCGACGGGGAGGCGGCGGCGGCGACACCAUGUCAUCCCCCAGUCCGGGCAAGAGGCGGAUGGACACGGACGUGGUCAAGCUCAUUGAGAGUAAACACGAGGUUACCAUCCUGGGAGGACUCAACGAGUUCGUAGUGAAGUUUUAUGGACCACAAGGAACCCCCUAUGAAGGCGGAGUGUGGAAAGUCAGAGUGGAUCUGCCUGAUAAAUACCCUUUCAAGUCGCCAUCUAUCGGAUUCAUGAAUAAAAUUUUCCACCCCAACAUUGAUGAAGCGUCAGGAACUGUGUGUCUAGAUGUAAUUAAUCAGACUUGGACAGCUCUCUAUGAUCUUACCAACAUAUUUGAGUCCUUCCUGCCCCAGUUGUUGGCCUAUCCAAACCCCAUCGAUCCUCUCAAUGGAGACGCCGCCGCCAUGUACCUCCACCGCCCUGAAGAGUACAAGCAGAAGAUUAAAGAGUACAUCCAGAAGUACGCCACGGAGGAGGCUCUGAAGGAGCAGGAAGAAGGCACCGGGGACAGCUCGUCCGAGAGCUCCAUGUCUGACUUUUCCGAAGAUGAGGCCCAGGAUAUGGAGUUGUAGUAGAAACAGCACCUGCUUUUCAGAAAGACUAUUAUUUCCUAACCAUGAGAAGCAGACUAUAAUAUUCAUAUUUAAACAAAGCAAUUUUUUUUAUUACUAAACAAGGUUUUUAUGAAUAAUAGCAUUGAUAUAUAUAUAUUAUAUAUCACCCUUUAGAUCUUGAUUUUCUUGGUCAUUUCUCAGCCGGAGGUGCAUAGCAUAUUCCCACAUUCCAUUUUGGUAGCAAUAUGCAAUCUGAAUGCAUGCAUUCAUAAGUCCAUUUGGCCAAGUCAGCUUGUGUGCUACUGAACUGUCAAAAGAAAUAGGCGCUCUGAUAGAUAGACGUAGAAUGACAGGAAGAAGUUGCUUCUUUAUUGAUGGUUCCAAAGAAACAAACUAAACCAGCCGGCCCUUGGACGUGAAGCUAGAUCAGUGGUUGUUCAGAAUGGACAGGAAGAAGCUGGGAGGCAGAGCGAGCUUCUGGAGUGGGGCGAGCCAGCCCCCCAAGACUCGAGCUGCGUCUCGCUGUGCGCCCGACACAGCCCUUGCCCUGCGCAGUCCAGUAAGAAGCAGGGAGCUCAGUGCAAGCGUUCAGACUUGAUUCUUGAGUCGGACUCGGUGCGUUUUGAUGUGUGGAUACCUGACCUUCACCCCCUCGGGCCUGCAGCUGCAGCGCUUGCUCUGGAGGACCUUGGGAAGUCUUUGCAGAAGCUGGUUUUUCUUGGUCGAGCUGGUAGUCCGGGCCUACAAGGGACUGGAAGGAGGCUACGUCUCCUGCCCUCGGCCGGACGGUCUGAGACCACCGUCCUGGACGGAGCGCCUUCUGUCUGAGGGGGACUUUGUUGGGUUUGGGGGCUGUGUGGAUUGACAGGCCGAGCCCCCUCGCCCGUGGUUUGGUUUGCCUUUGCCUCCUGCUGCCACUGCUGGCGGCUGCCUGGUCAUCUGCUGGUGGGAGUGUGAAACGGGGGUUUCCAACCCAACAUGCACCCCAAAUGUAAAACAAUGAUAAUUGGAACAAAUAAAGGCUUUUGUACCCAAAGUGACCCGACACAGGAGAAAGUUUGUUUUGUUUCCAGAGAGUGACUGACCUGGAAGAAGGGAUUCAGAGAGGAUGCAGGACAGUUCUGAAGGUCACAAGGAAAGGAGUCCCUAACGUGCAGGCCGCCGCGGGCCCCACACUGCACCUGCUGUGCCGCCAGGCAGCAGCUCUGCGCGCUUGGCCCCGCUGCCACCACCGGGCAGUUCCAGGAUCAGCCAGUCCCAGGACUUCCUAAAGACAACGUUUGAGUGUCCCCCUGAGGUCAGCUUUGCUUUGGUGUGUAGUCCUGCUUUAGUGUUGUAUUGCACAAGCUUGAAGUCUGAGAUUGGAAGAUCCCCUACCUUUUUAUUCAAAAAGCACAAUCAAUCUUUUCUUUGAAAAAAAUCUAUAUAUAAAGUACAACUUGCUUUUGAGCAUGAUUAUUUUCCUAAAUAAAAAGACAAAGAAUUUCUUUAGGUUAAUUACGGGCAUGAAGCGAAAGGUUUUCAUUAAGAGAUUCAAAGUGCAGCUGGGUAGGGCUGUGGUUGGUUCUCUCUAGCAUUCGAGCUCGCUGGGAGGGUCGAAUUAACUCUGUAACCUGUAACGGUGUCCUUUGAUGCGUCCCUCGCACGCUGUCGUCACUGCCGGCCCUGUCCGACUCACUCUCCUGCUGAAGUAGCCGUGUGCUUGUGCUAGAACCACUACCGUAGGUGCUGCUUGGGGUAGGGUUAAAAUGCUGGGUGGUGAUUGGAGUUCAAACAAUAAAUUGUAUUUUUUCAAUAUUGUA